AAAAGUUGUAUAAGUGUUCGUAUAGACUUGGUCGUCAAAGAUGUUAUCGAAAACACUCAGUAUUGUAACUCGUAUUCUUGCCAUUUGCAAGAGGUUCACGAUACAUCGGUUAAAUAGUGUGACAGUUCUUAAAAGUAGCCUCUGAAAGUUUGACCGUCCAGAAAGUCUCGCAUCGUUGACAGAAUAGGAUUAGGACCGCCACUUGGAUUAGUGCUUUAAGAUCAAACGAGUUUACAAGACAACCUAUCAUGUCUAAAACCAAGGAUAUUACCAAGUUCUCGGCUGAACAAUUGCGGGAGUUUCUAAUGUCGUUCGACACAGUGAUGUGCGACAUCGACGGAGUUCUAUGGCAACUCAAUAAACCUAUUGAGGGUACUUCUGAGUCUUUAGUGAAAUUGCAAAACCUAGAAAAACAAGUGUAUCUGGUGACGAAUAAUAGUACAAAGACAUUAGAAAAUUAUACUGAAAGUGCUCAACAUGCCGGUUUAAAUUUAAGUUCGGAUCGCGUAAUCAACCCCAUAAAAUUAAUUAUUUGGUACUUAAAAAAGAUUAAUUUUUGUGACGAAGUUUUCGCUAUCGUUUCGGAUAUAUCUCAGAAAAUGUUAAGAGAGGCAGGAAUACGAUUAACAGAGCAACCAAAAGUUUUCCAAACAGAUCCAGUUGCAACUUUAAAACAAUUGUUGGAUCGGCCAUCCAUCAAAGCUGUUAUUGUUGAUUUUGAUGUCAAUUGCAAUUACUCAAAGCUAGCAUUAGCUAUAUCAUGCCUCCAACGUAAGGAUGUACUGUAUAUAACAGGAAUAACAGAGGAAUGGUUACAAGUAUCACCUCAAAUUAAAAUCUUAGGUCCUGGACCAUUGAUAAACAUUAUCAGCACGCAGAGCGGAAAAAAACCAAUUUCAUGUGGCAAACCUAGUCAAAAUUUAAAAGAUUAUAUUUUAGACAAAUGCAACGUGACGGAUCCACAAAGAUGUUUGUUCAUCGGUGACACGGCUAAUCAGGACAUGAAGUUUGCCUCGAUGUGCGGAUUCAUAAAGCUUUUUGUCGGCACGGGAUACGAAACGCUGGAACAGGCACAAAAAGAAGAUAAUACCUGCCCGGACUACUAUCUGCCUAAUUUAAAUCAACUAUUUUCCGCCUAUAAUGAUCCACAACGUAUUGCCAAUCACAAAGAUAGCUAAUUUUCAUGUUUUGAUAGAAAAUUAGUUAUCGAAUCAAUGAAAAUAUCAGUUGCUCAAAUCGGCAAUGUUAUUUACAAAUAAUUACAAAUUAUUAUAAAUACAUAUAGGGGAGACCGGGGUUAAGCCGACAGCGGGGCGAACUUGACACUAGGCUUUUUGCCAAUUUAAAUCUAUCGUAGAAACUUGCCUUUGCUACUGUAAAUGCGUCUUUAUG